AUGGCUACGGGGCCAACAACACAGCAUGGGCCACCCGCUCAUGAAAACAGCGGCGGACGCAAGCAUAAAGGGGCUGGAUUCACCAGUUGGUUGAAGAAGGGGAGCUCAUCAGACAGCACCGAUGCGAAGAAGCUAGCGUCGCCCGCAGAGGAGAUCAAGAUGGUGUUUCUGCGGCAAUUGGAGCUGAGCAGUUUUGAGCUAAACGGCAGACACUACCAUUCAGUGUUCACAGGCGCACAAAUAGUCCUAGCGAGCAACGUGGCUUCGCGACUUAUUGACUGCAGUCUAUACACCCACGUGUCCGGCCCGAGCCUUGCCUCACAAAGCGGAGAGAGCGGGCUCACCAACAACAACAAUACCAGCGACGGCGCUGUUAUUGACAGCAACACAGAAAUAUACACCCUGACGAGCGAGGCACUCCGCGCGCUCAAGGCUAUGCACAAGGGUGAAGCGUUGCACAGGGCAAAGACACAAACACGCAAGCGGUACAUGGAUUUGCGCGAGCACCUGCACCCGCGGAUUCUGGAGCCGCUGAAUGCCAUCAACCGCGUGAGCACCAGCACCAGCGCGACUGGUAACAGUGCCAGCAGCGAUGUCAGCAGCAAUAGUAACACCAACAGUGGCGAGAUGAGAAAGGGGUCCACAGACGGGGGAUCAAUCAACUUGGCAAAUGACACUCGCAGCAGUAAUUUGCCCCCGCCACUAGAUACCAGUGGCGCGCGCAAGAUGGGGGCGUUUUUCCGGGAAAGGGAGCCACAUAUCUCGUCUGGUCUCCCUGAAGAAUUGCCAGAAGACACGUUGGUGGCACGGGAUUCAUCAAAGAUGGCCAACAAAGACAGCCACGGACGCCGCAAGCAGAACUAUCUGCCCAUCACACCAACAACCGGUGAUGACGACUACGCUGCCGAUGGCUAUGGCGAUAUGACUGCCAGCACCGAUGCUAGUGGGCAGGCGGCGCGGCUGCCAGACGUCAAAAUCCCGACUGGGGAUUUUUCCGGGCUGCUGAAUACCUGGUCUUUUGUUGCCGAUGGAUCGUUGGGUUUUGGUAAGGGCAGCCGGAACUCGCUGUUGGGGCUGAUGUCGCAGUCCACCAGCCGCAACCAGUUAUCAUCAGCAGCGCACACAGCCGAUGCAUCGGCAACAGGAUCACUGGCUGGCCCAAUCGCCACGCCGGCUGGAAGCAUGCGUGAGGGCCUUGGUGAAGACUACACAGUCCGAGUUCAAGGGGGGCUUGCAGUGGCGUUGCGUCGGCGGGGGUUGCGCCGCGAGUACAGCGACACCGAGUUGAACCUGCGCAUCAGAAGGCGGCGUGAUGGGCGGGGCAUGCGUAUGUAUUCGUCAGCGCCAAACCUUAACUCAGUGUACAGCGAAAUGCAGCACUCAAAUCACAAGGCAGUGCACCGGCCGUCGCUGCCCAUGCCGCGGAUUCUUUCGCAGGUGCAAACAUUGUCACGUGAAGACUGGGCAUUGGGCAACGACGAAGACAUGCUGAUGUACAUGGCGAGACGCAGCUCUCGGUUCUCGGACAUCACAAUUGCAAGCAGCUACAACGGCGUGAGACAGCCUCGUGGGAUGUUGCUUGACCGGUCGUUCUCCUACAGCGAGGCCAGCAGCGAUGUGUGGCCAGCCCGCAGCAGCAUAGGCUCCCAGUUUGCAGAUAUCCAAUCAAGUGUGGGCGACGCGGAGAUCGACGCGAAUAUCCCAUCCACGUACUCGUCGCCGGUCGGGGGCUUUGUGGCAGAAGAAGAUGGCGGUCGGCAGCGGUCAUUCAGUGACCCAGCUGGGCUGCCGCGGCUGCCACGCCCCACCAUGAAUGCGCUGGCACUGCCGCGGCAUUCGUCGCAGACAAAGCGCCAGCUGCGCGAGUACGCGACUCCGGAUCCGCAAGGCAUCACCAGGGCCUUGAGCGAGGACGUUUCAGCUCGUGCUUCAUCAGCAACUUUGGGAAGCACAAAGCGCCAUUCCGAAAGCGUCAGCAUUGAUGAUGGCGCCAUGCAGCUGCAGCUCUGGCGCGACACUGUUCCGGUCACUCUGCUGCGGACUUUGGGCUCUGAAGCUGUGGCGCAUCAGGAGGCAAUUUUUGAGUUUGUGAGCACUGAGCACGCGUACCUGCGUGACCUGGAGCUGAUUGACUUGAUUUUUGUGCAGCCGCUGCUGGCAGCGCCGCAUGUGCUUGCGCGGGAGCAGGCGGAGGAGUUCCUGCGCACGCUGUUCUUCAACUACAAGGAAUUAAUUGCCAACAGCCAAGCGCUGUGCGAGCAGCUGCGCGAACGGCAGGCCGAGUCAGCCGUCGUGGCGGGUCUUGGCGACAUUAUCGACAAGUGGGCAGAUGAUCUGGUGGUGUUUGUAGAGUACGCAGUGCAUGUCCCAGAGGCCCAGCUCGCCCUGGAGGGCGAGCUGCUUAAAAGCCGUGCAAUGGCAGAAUUCUUGGCAUCUGCAGAGGCAGCUCCUGGCGCGCGGCGACUACCAGUGCAGAGCUUUGUGGGCCGCGCAGCGGCGCGGUUUGCGCGAUACCCAAUGCUACUGGACGCCAUAGUGCGCCGCGCGCCAACCGGAGAAGACGCCAGCCGCUUGCGCAGUGCAGCAGCAAAGGUGCGGCAUGCUUUGACCGAGGUUGACCGGCGCACAGGUGAGGGCGCGGCAGCCCUGCGCAUGCGGCAAAUCAACCAGCGGCUGCAACUGAGUGAAGGUGCGCGCGAGAGCCUUGGACUCGAGAGUCCUGUCAGGCGCCUAGUCAAGGAGGGCGUGUUUAUAGCAGGCGAUGGCUCGCAGGUCCUUGUCUUUCUCUUUGACAACGCGCUGGUCAUGGCUGUCGAGGAGAAGAUUUCCUACGCGAAGAACGUAACCCGUUAUAUUGCCGAUUCUCGGAUUAUCCCCGUGUCGAUGCUCGACGCGGUUGUGCCACCAGCCGAAGCCGGCGCGCUGUCUGGGAUCCGUGAGGCACUGGGACUGCUGGGCACAGGUCAGACCACUGCACCUCGCAGCACACUGCUGAGACAUUCGUCUAGCGCUACAAACAUGCGCCCAUUGCGCGCCGGCGCUUCUUUGUCAUUUGUUCACAUUGGCUGUCGCGCUCUGGGCCGGACACUGUUGGUUGCGUCCGACACUGAGCGCGAUGCGUGGCUCAGUACAGUUAGGCGGCGUAUCUGCAUGCCGCAGACGCUGGUCGAAGCGUACACGGAGCUGCGGCUGCUGUCCGACCGUGAUUUCCCACAGACGCGUGGCCCGCAGUGCUCGGCGCCAUUCACAGCCACAUCUGGGUGCCGCAUGGUGCUAUUUGGCAACCGCGACGGGAUGCAUUUGGGCAUCUAUGGCGUGCCAACCUCGGUUGUGCGCAUCAGCCAGUGCGGGUCUGUGUCAAAGAUUCACGUGCUGCCCCGGUACAACAUGGCGGUUGUUCUCAGUGACCAAAUCCUGUUGGUCUUUUCAUUGUCUGAUAUUGAGAACUCCACGGCAAAUAUCAACUCUACAGGCCUUGCCGGAACCAAGAUUGCCUCGUCUGUCGCGUUUUUUGAUGUUGGCACGUAUCUCGGGACGCCGCUCAUUGUGCUUAUGAAGCCGCGUGGUGGCAAGUCGCACUUCAAGUGCAUCCAGCCGCAUUUCAUCGACUUGGAGGGCGCAGGGACUGCCGGGAGCGACUACAGCUACGAGAGCAGCGAAAGCGGGAACGAGCGCAAGCGCCAGACUACCCCAGCAAGCGCUAAUUCUGCGGCAUAUUCUGUCAACACCCUGCGCAUAGUCUACCAGGGCAACCGUGCAGUGCUCCGCCUCAUCAGCGAGUUUGCCAUCCAGGGGAAAGCCAAACGCGUACACUUCUUGCGCCGCAAGCUGUGCAUUGUUGCCAGCAAGACGUUCGAGAUUAUUGAUGUUGCCAACAGCUGCCUGCUUCGCAGCCUGCCUGAUCCACUUGACGACGACUUUUCCUUCAUCCACGCCAAUGACUCGGGCCAGGCAAUGGCCAUUUGUAAGGUUGGGCGCGAGUUCCUCUUGUGUUACGAAACGUUUGCCUUCUACAUCGAUAACUUUGGACGGCGCUCGCGCCCUGAUGUGUUUAUCCGCUGGGAGAUGGCGCCGCACCUGAUCAUAUUCCGCCACCCAUACAUAAUUGCCAUCAACCAAAAGUUCCUCGAGGUCCGGUACAUGGAUUCGGGCGUGCUGCUCAGCAUCAUCCGCAUCAGCGGCGCUGUCUGCCUCAACCCCGACUCCAAGUCGACCACCCUGCAUAUUGCCGUGGGACCGCAGACCGUGGGCACGGCGACUACUAUCCAGGAGAACAUUGGCGUUGUGUCUACGGUGGUUGACAGAACCGACAACAUCAGCGCCAUACCAACGCCCAUGAGAACCAGCAGUUCGUCUCAGCAACUUGCCUCGCUGGUCGGCAAGGCGGCAGCAGUCUUGGGUACUUCGAGCGUCACCAGCGGACAUGUUGUUCCCGGUGUUGCCGGAACCACGGGCAAACGCAUGUUCCCCGAAGGCACGUCGUCGCACUUUCGCAUUGUCGAAAUACGCCUGCCUCCACUCAAGGCCUCGGCAUCCGCGAGAUCCGCCACCGUGCCUGCGGUAGAGGCAACAAUACCGGCGGAUUCUGCCGAGCCUACUUUCCACGAGCUGUAA